AUGUCUCUUUUGGAUUGUUUCUGCACUUCACGAACACAAGUUGAAUCACUCAGACCUGAAAAACAGUCUGAAACCAGUACCCAUCAAAAUUUGGUUGAUGAGCCCCCGCUUUCCUUGCUGCCUUCAUCCACUAGCGCCAGUCAAGUGAUCUGUUCCACCGAUGUUUCUCACUAUGAACUCCAAGUGGAAAUAGGAAGGGGAUUUGACAACUUGACUUCUGUCCAUCUCGCACGGCAUACUCCUACAGGAACACUGGUCACUAUAAAAAUCACAAAUCUGGAAAACUGCACUGAAGAACGCCUAAAAGCUUUACAGAAAGCAGUGAUUCUAUCCCACUUUUUCCGGCAUCCCAAUAUUACAACUUACUGGACUGUUUUCACUGUUGGCAGCUGGCUUUGGGUUAUUUCUCCUUUUAUGGCCUAUGGUUCAGCAAGUCAACUCUUGAGGACUUACUUUCCUGAAGGAAUGAGUGAAACUUUAAUAAGGAACAUUCUCUUUGGAGCAGUGAGAGGGUUGAACUAUCUGCAUCAAAAUGGCUGUAUUCACAGGAGUAUUAAAGCCAGCCAUAUCCUCAUUUCUGGUGAUGGCCUAGUGACCCUCUCUGGCCUGUCCCACCUGCAUAGUUUGGUUAAGCACGGACAGAGGCAUAGGGCUGUGUAUGAUUUCCCACAGUUCAGCACAUCAGUGCAGCCGUGGCUGAGUCCAGAACUACUGAGACAGGAUUUACAUGGAUAUAAUGUAAAGUCAGAUAUUUACAGCGUUGGGAUUACAGCCUGUGAAUUGGCCAGUGGGCAGGUUCCUUUCCAAGACAUGCACAGGACACAGAUGUUAUUACAGAAACUGAAAGGUCCUCCCUACAGUCCAUUGGAUGCCAGUAUUUUUCCUCAGUCAGAAUCCAGAAUGAAAAAUUCCCGAUCAGGUGUAGACUCUGGGAUCGGAGAAAGUGUACAUGUCUCCAGUGGGACUCGCACAGUAAAUAGUGACAGAUUGCAGACACCCUCCUCAAAAACGUUCUCUCCCGCCUUCCUCAGCUUGGUACAGCUCUGUUUGCAACAAGAUCCUGAGAAAAGGCCAUCAGCAAGCAGCUUACUGUCCCAUGUUUUCUUCAAACAGAUGAAAGAAGAAAACCAGAGUUCCAUACUUUCACUGUUGCCUCCUCCUUGUCACAAGCCAUCAAUAUCACUGUCUCCAGCAUCACCUUGGACUGAGCCAGAAUGUGAUUUUCCUGAUGAAAAAGACUCAAACUGGGAAUUCUAG